CGCAGGUUACCUCAAACAUCACGUACAAUCCCGCUGCCUACCAAGAGCUGCUCUUUGAUGACAUAAACCCUGCCCAGUUCAAAAGCCGGAACUCAACAGUAAGACGGGAACAGCCGCGACGAUGGUUGGCUCCUUUUGUUUCUAUGCAUUCUUCUGCUCCAGGUGGCAAGAUUUGUGCUCUUGUCAGCAUGCACAGGCUCCAGCCGUUACUGGACAGCGUCUGCAGGUGAGUCUCCAGUUGGUAUUACUACUGUUUGAUCGUCUGAUAGUGUGGACGAUCAAUGUCUCUUCAGGCAUAUAAAUCUCCCUUCUCGUUGAGCUGGGAUGAAGUGGGAGAAUAGUCCGAACCAAAGAUGGAACGUAAGAUAUCGUUGUCGACCACUUGCUCGUUCAUCGAUGUUGAGAGCGGAUAUCUCGGGGGAUUGAAUCGUGGAGACAGCUAUGCUUCACAAGACUGUUUAGUCCAGACUGGAAAGGAAUCUCCGCAUGGAGAUGAAAAGUUACCUUCAGAAAGCAGCACCCUCCGGGAAGAACGAAAGGGUCAUCUCAAUGUUCGCUCCAUCUUCAGCAAGAGGAAGCAUCAUUCAAACUCAAGAAAGAGUACAGAAUUACAAACAACCUCGGAUUCGAGGUUUCGAAAUAUGUGUCAAAAGAUCCAGACUUCUCAGCUCGGCAGUAUUUUCUGGCUCAUUGGGAGGCUUCAAACACAGGUAAAACCCGAUUUUGAUGAAUAUCAGGAAAAAUUCCCGCCAAAGUCGUUCCCGACGCCGGAACAGACUUGGUACAAUAUUCCAAGCAAGGAUGAUGGAUCGCACUCCUGGCCUCUUACCGAGAUCUGGCCACCAGCUUUCAUCAUAGAUUUGAGAAAACACAUUCCGAUCUUCAUGGCAAUGUUCGUGGCUGUCGUACUACCGAUCUGUCUGAUACAGCGGUAUGCUUAUCCGGCGACUCAGAAAGUUGGAAAUCGGCCUGGCUACGAUUGCAUGCACACUGGCGACUUCAAUCUCAGAGGGACAGACGUGAAUCUCGGGCAAAUGCCAUUUGCGCAAGCGAAGGCUAUUGACCUCGCAUGGAACGCAGUCGUUGGUCGCGGGAUGCAAGCUUUCCUAAUUUUCAUCAGCUGCAAGCUUUUUUAUGCUGUACUGAUGUAUACUAGCGAGCGACACCCGGUUACUUACGAACUGUUCGCAGCUGUUUCGCUCACUCCUACGGGAACGAAUGGUAUUCGUCCCUUGGCAAAAGCAAUCAUAUUCAACUCAAACACUAAGGUCCGCUUGAUGCUAGUAUGGCUCUUGGGUUCGACUGUUUACAUCGCCUUGACGCCAAUACUUGUGGAUGCCCUCUCGGGAUAUCGAGCUAUACAAGCAACGGUGCUUCAACUAGCAGACGGCUCGAAACUUGACGUCUCCUCUGGCUUUACUUCAAAUGCUUACCAAAACCUCGAACGCAACCAACCUCCUGACUAUUUGGACUUCAAUAGUUUCACUGGGAAAGCGUCUAAUCGUACUCCUAACUUUGAACUCGUUUCCAACACGACUAUGAUAUAUUUUUCUGGCCAAUAUCGUUUGAAUUAUCACGGACAAAACAUAUCUGAGGUAUUCAGCUCCUCGUGUAUCAAUACAACAACGUCUGUUCUAUUUUUCAGUACGGAUCACUACACGUAUUUUCGAGGUGGCUCGCCGCUGAUGAUAUACGAGGAUCCAAGCUGUCGAUUCUGGUUUCCGUUAGCUCCUGUUAUAAACGAGGGUGCAUAUGGAGUGUGGAAUCAGACAUUUUUGAGGCAUCAAGGCAAUUACGAAUGUGUGUCGAAAGACAUAUACACCUGGGGGUUCUCCUAUGAGCUACUACUCAUAUAUUCAUGCAUCAGUGGAGCAUGGACUCUUGGUACAUGGGCCAUAUACGUGUACGCAUCAGUGCACAGCGAAUUGCUGCAAAAAGGAAGAAUGUUUGGGACCUGGCGAGCGGUCAUGGAUAUCAGCGAGUCAUUGAAAGAGAUGAUUGGAGAAAAUAAUUUGUGUGCAUAUACAGAGCGGGAAUUGAGCCGAAGCCUGCAAGGUAGGAAUAUGGCUAUGUAUAAAAGUUACGAAGGGGUAAAAGGAAAUAUAAGGUUCGGACUGAGAGAGAUCCGACCUGGUACUCGAGAUCGAGGUCGAUUAAAGCUGGAGUGGGCAAGGGAAUAUGGAUAAUUAAGAUUCUUCCAAAAGUCAAACACUUUUUCCAGCGCCUCCAAAA